AUGAGUAAACAUCAAUACCUCAACCUAAUCCGCACGAUCCUCAGCAACGGCGAACACCGUCCAGACCGCACCGGGACAGGAACACGCUCGAUCUUCGCGCCCCCGCAACUAACCUUCUCCCUCUCGAAGCCGGACCCCAACAACCCCACCUCCCGCAUCCCCGUCCUCCCCCUCCUGACCACCAAACGGGUCUUCCUGCGCGCCGUCCUCGCCGAACUCCUCUGGUUCAUCUCCGGCACCACCACCUCCGCGCCCCUCUCGGCCGCCGGCAUAAAGAUCUGGGACGGCAACGGCUCCCGCGCCUACCUGGACAGCGUGGGCCUGUCGCAUCGCGCAGAGGGCGAUCUCGGCCCCGUGUACGGGUUCCAGUGGCGGCAUUUCGGCGCCGAAUAUGUCGAUGCCGCCACCGAUUAUACCGGUCAGGGGGUGGAUCAGCUGGCUGACGUCGUGCAUAAGCUGAAGACCAAUCCCUACGAUCGCCGCAUUAUCAUGAGUGCCUGGAAUCCCGCCGAUUUGAAGAAGAUGGCCCUUCCGCCGUGUCACAUGUUUGCCCAGUUUUAUGUCUCGUACCCUGAGAAGGGGGCCAAGGGCCAUCUGCAUUGCUUGAUGUAUCAGAGGAGUGCCGAUAUGGGGCUCGGCGUGCCGUUUAAUAUUGCGUCUUAUGCCCUGUUGACUCAUAUGGUGGCUCAUGCCGUGGAUAUGGUGCCCGGCUCGUUUGUGCAUACCCUCGGUGAUGCGCAUGUUUAUGUUGAUCAUGUGGAGGCCCUGCAGGAGCAGGUGACGAGGGAGCCGACGGCGUUUCCUGAGUUGAGGAUUAAGAGGGCGGAUCGUGGCGAGGGCGUGGUGGAUGGCUGGAAGGAGGAGGAUUUCGAGGUCGUGGGCUAUAACCCGCACAAGGCGAUUAAGAUGAAGAUGAGUGUUUAG